AUGGAUCCGCUGCAGAAACGAGACGUCUUCCAUGACGGAGUCUGGUGCAUCGCCGACAUGGGCACUACGGCCUACGUUGCCGCCAAAAAGCAGUCCCAGGCGGCUGUCGCCUGGGCGGACCAGGCGCUUUACGGUCACAACACGGUGUACUUCUGCGCCGUGGUUGUGGCCGUCUUUAUUGCCAAGCGACUCGUCUACUUCUUGGUCGACAACGCCGCACGGACAACAAAGACAACUGCCGGACGGCCUGCUGAAACCUGCUACUGCAAGCUUGCAGCACUGAACAGAUGGGUUUGCUACCGCCGGCUGCCUACGAUGCUGUGCAGCCUCUUCCAAUUGCCUUCCUCGCUCGGGAACUUCCUCCUCAUUGCUGGCGGAUCUCUCUACGUGCUCUGCUACACGUUCAUCCCGAAAUUCUGGUACAGGGAAUGCCGGGGGUUUGGUUCGCCGCCGCUUGCCGUGCGGGCAGGAAUGCAGGCGACCGCACUGGUUCCCUUCCUGUUCAUCCUCUCGGGCAAGACCAACCUCAUCUCCCAGCUCACAGACAUCUCUUACGAAAAGCUCAACGUCUAUCACCGGUGGGUCUCCGUCAUCUGUUGUCUCCUCGGAUGGACUCACACUAUCCCCUUCUACGUGCAGGCUGUCCGGGAGGGCGGUAGGGCCAGACUGGCUUGGUUCCAGUCCCACGAGGACCUCUUUAGAAACGGUAUCCCGCCACUGGUGUUCCUGACUAUCCUUACCGUCUUUUCCCACUCGUAUAUCCGUGCAGCGUGGUACGAGCUGUGGCUUCAGGUCCACUGGAUCUGCGCACUCGGCUUCUACAUCUCCCUCUUCUACCACUGCUACCCGGAGAUGAACUCCUGGAAGUACAUGAUCGCCACGGCCGUGUUCUGGGUAGCCCAGCUCGGCUGGCGGGCCGUCAACAAGGCCCUUCUCAGGCCCAACAGAGGCUUUCUCAGGCCUAACAAGUGUCGUAUGCGCCGAUUCACCUCCAACGGCCCGGACGAGCACUACUUUGAGGUUGUUAUUGAGAAUUCUAAUGACUUUUCGUGGGUUCCUGGCCAGCACGUGUUUCUGAGAAUCCCAGGACUCAGGUUCCUCGAAAGCCAUCCCUUCUCGAUCAUCUCCCACUUCGAACCCAGACAGGAUACGGACAUCAGGCUUGUCGUGAAAGCAUGUGGCUGGGGCGGCCUCACAGACCAUAUCUACCAGAAGCUGCCCGACAGCGGCUUCUCCGACUCCACCGUCUUCAUCGACGGGCCCUACGGCGGCUGUUCCCGCCGAGUCGACGCCUUCCACGGAGUAUUCCUGUUGGCAUCCGGAACAGGCGUCUCCGCCGUUCUCCCUUUCCUUGAGGAGUCGUGUCGCCAAUUGAAGAACCCGGAUGCCCUCACAAGUGCGGUCAACUUUAGCUGGAUUGUCCGCAGUUCCGAUAACAUCGAGUGGGUGCUUCCCGAACUGAAGAAGAUUCCAGACGACAAGGACGACCAUUUUACUGAGGCUUCCCCUGUCCCUGCAACUUCCCCUGCCCCUGUUGCUGCUACUCUACAGCUUGGGCUUAUAAACAUCACCAACAGCAAGCCCGAAGUUAACCAGCUUGUUACUAAUACCGGUGUCAGCCUUCUUGAAAAAAACAUUUUCAUUGUCUCUGGCUCCGACUCCAUGAAGGUGCAGGCCUCGAACGCCGUUGCGGCCCUACAGAGGCAUGUUCUGCGGCGCCAAAGCCCCAUCAGGGAGAUAUACCUUCACUCUGAGUCCUUUGGCUGGUGA